UCUUUUUGUUUCGCUUCACUCCCUACCAGUACACAUCUCCUGGCUGGCCAUCUGCAAUCUCAAGCAGCUUAUCUCAUGUAUUUCUUCCCCAUUUGAUUUUCUUCUAUAUUUUUUUUCGGAUUUUAAUCCCCAAAUAAAUGGUGCCGUAGCUUAUCUUCCACAACCAUUAAUCCCAAAUUUUCCGCUCAAGAAACAAAAUCUACCGAUUACCCGGGAUUCAGUUUCCUUCCUUCUUCUCUCCGAUCCCCGAAUUGGAUUCCGCAGCCGUGAAACCGCAGCUGAAUCUUUCUCUGCGUUGGUCCGUCGGAUUUGGUCAAAAAUGCAGGUCGGUAUCGGGACCCAUUAAAGCUCUGAUCCUUUCGCCGCCUAUUUGUAUCUCGGGGUUGUUGGGAGGCCCAUUUACUGCUGUGAUCUUUGUUAGCUAGAGAAUUCAAUGGCGAGAUUCUUGAAGAGCGUCGGGUUAUCACGCGUUUUCUGGUUGCGAAUUCUUGUGAGGGAUUUGUAUUUCUUCGUGGGUUUUUGAGGUGCAUGCUCUUCUUCCACUCGGCUGUCAAGAAACCCAGAAAGCUCCGCCGCAAACCGACGAAAAUACGUCAAGAUUUAGGGCUUUGCGCUGAAACCCAGAAAAGCUCCGCCGCAAACCGCCGUAAAGAUCAGUGUGAUAAUCUCGCUGCUCAAAUUUGGCCGUUUGGAGAAGAAAGGGGAGAAAAAGAUUCUUGGGUUGCUUUUAAUUUCGAUUUAUUUCCUUCGCAUUAAAUGGGUUUAUGGCGAAGAAUCUGGGUUUUAAUUUCUUUUGAGCUGAAAAGAUUCGAAAGUCAAGCCCUUUGAGUCUCUGAGGGAGCUUCUUUUACAAGGAUUCCAAAGGGAAAAGCAAAAUCUGAAGAAUUGCAACGGUUGAAACCUUCAAAGUCGCUUUAUAGAAAACACAUUAUCUUCUCUGAGCCCAAAUCAUUCUUUCCCUUUACCAAGUAUCCUUUGCUUCUAUUAAUUGGAGAUUUACGAGUCGAAAACCAGAGGUUUUGAAGCUUGAAGAAUUAAUUGCACAUUUUCAGUUACUAUUCUUUGGGUCCGAAGUGUUAUAAAUAGGAAGUCUUCUGGGUGCAUAUUGUCAUCUGGGUAUUGCGUUUCGACCAAGUUGGUUUUGAGUGGCAUUGUGCUGAGUUUCAAGAUUUCGAAGCAUCGAUGGGGCUUCUUCUUCGAAGUCUCGCGAUGCUGUUCAUUGUGAUAUGUUUCUCCUGGCUGCCUGAUGUUUCUGCGCAAUCCUCAGGAGGCUCAGCACGCGGUCUUGAUGCGCUUCUUCAAGAUUAUGCUUACAGGUCUUUUGUUAAUCCAAAGACAGGUGUUAUAUUUAAUGGCAGUGUUCCCUUGAAUUUGACUGGAAUUCAGAUUGCAGCUAUGAGGCUGAGGAGUGGUAGCUUGUACAGAAGAGGUGUUAACAUGUACAAAGAGUUUGAGAUCCCUAAGGGUGUCACUGAGAGUCCGUAUGUGGAGAGGCUUGUUUUGGUGUACCAGAACCUGGGCAAUUGGUCAAUGGUGUAUUACCCGUUACAGGGUUACUCUUACUUAGCUCCAUUGAUCGGUCUUCUUGCUUAUGAUGCUGGCAACCUAUCAGCAAAAAAUCUGCCAGAAUUGGUUAUCAGGGCAUCUGGUGAUCCAAUAAUGAUCAAAUUCCAGGAUGUGAAACCGACUCCUGCUGGGACAGUGGCACAGUGUGUUUUGUUUGAUUUGGAUGGUUCAAUCAAUUUCAGCAAUGUGGAAUCAGGCAAUAUGUGUUCAGCAGUUCAACAAGGGCACUUCUCCAUAGCGGUGAAGUCCAUUGCUCCUUCUCCAGCACCAGUCUCUCCAAGUCCCACCCCUGCUGGUGAAAGUCCAAACGUGGCCCCAGUGCCUAGUGGUAGACGAAAGAAGAAGAGUAAUUCGAAAGUGUGGAUAAUUGUUGGGUCUGUGCUGGGUGGUUUAGCGUUGUUGGCAUUGUUGUCGUUCUUAGUACUUUGGGGAAAAAAGUACAGGGAAAGGAAGAAUUUGCAACGGAUGGAGACGGCAGCAGAUGUAGGAGAAGCCUUGCAAAUGACCUCAGUUGGAGAUGCAAAGGCACCUGCAGCAACAUUUACGCGAACACAACCGACUAUCGAGACUGAAUAUGUUCCUUGAUUCCUCCCACCACCAUUUUGUACAAGCUUCCAGUUCUUUCCUACCACCAUUCAACAUUCAAAGUUCAAUUCGUGUAUUCAGAAAUUCGUCCAGUCACACCUUUUUAUGGUGGCGCCUCCUUCAUCUACGCGCCACGCUUCGCAUCUUCUUUGGUAGAUUCUUUGUGUCACUGUGGGUAAUCUAGGAUUUUUUGUGUAAAUCUGUUGUCAUUCACUGAUAGUUUUACUAUGAUUCAUUGUUGGUGUGGAACUGUGAAUUUAGCCGAAAAGUGAUUCCUAUAUGUGAUGGAUUUAGUUGUUUCAUUGAGAAGAAAUCAUAAGUUUCAUUUGCACAU